GUAGACAGAUUCCCUGUGUAUAGCAUGGCGACUCCAACAAUUGCUGGUGCAAAAGAGAUGCUAGCAUAUUUAGGUGCCAAGCCUAAAGCAGAAGGAUCUGUUGCUCAUAAAGUAGUAUUAACUGAUCUGAGGGAAGAAGCAGUUGUUUACAUUAAUGGCACACCAUUUGUCCUAAGGGACCUAAAUAAGCCAGUAGAUACACUCAAGCACAUGGGAAUUACUGGUCCUGUGGUGGAACACAUGGAGGCACGACUAAAAGAAGAUAUAUUAUCUGAGGUCAGAAAGUCUGGUGGACGGAUGCUUUUACAUCGUGAAGAAUAUAGUCCAGCACUAAAUCAGUCCCGUGUCAUAGGAUACUGGGAAAACAUCUUAGCAGAUGAUGUGAAGACACCUGCUGAAGUAUAUGCUGCUCUGAAAGAUGAGGGUUAUAAUAUUAUGUAUAGGAGAAUACCAUUGACUAGAGAGAGAGAGGCUUUAGCUUCUGAUGUUGAUGCAAUCCAGUGCUGUAAAGAUGAUGCUGCAGGGUGUUACCUUUUUGUAUCACACACAGGGUUUGGAGGAGUUGCAUAUGCAAUGGCAAUCAUUUGUAUUAGACUUGGUGCUGAGGAAAACUUUGCAUCAAAAAUUCCGGAGUCAUUGGUUGAUACAAAUCUACCCUCUAUGAAUGAAGAGAACUUGCCUUCUCGAGCUUCUGAUGAAGAAGCACGCAAGAUGGGUGAUUACCGUGACAUACUAAGCCUUACAAGAGUACUUGUGUAUGGUCCCCAAAGCAAAGCAGAUGUUGACAUUGUUAUUGAAAGGUGUGCAGGUGCAGGGCAUUUACGAAAUGAUAUUCUUGAUUAUAGUAAGGAACUUGGGAAUUUCCCAAAUGCUGAUGAUGAGCACGGAGCUUACCUCAUGGAUAUGGGUAUAAAGGCUUUAAGGCGGUAUUUCUUCUUAAUCACCUUCAGGUCCUACCUUUACAGCACCUCUGCAGCUGAGAUGGAAUUCACAUCGUGGAUGGAUGCGAGGCCGGAACUUGGACAUCUUUGUAACAACCUUAGAAUAGAUAAAUGAUUUCAGGCGUAUAGCAAUGCUCAUAAAUUAAAUUUAUGUAUAGCUGCCAAUGCCUAGAAAGUGAUUUUAUUUCUAGCAAAGAUGAAGGGUACACAUGCGAAGAGUAGACUAGCUUAGUUGGCCGCCCAACUUACCAGCAAAGAUGGAACCCUAGACCGGGGGAAAGGGAAGCCUUCCCUUGAAUCCCAACCGCACCCAUCUAGAGUCUAGAAUCCAAAUUCUUAAUAGGGAAGGGGGAGACAUCACCCAGUUAAAAGGUCUAUGAUUACGUAAAAAUAAUGAUUUUUUUUGUGCAUUUCUUAGAAAUUUUAAUAAUAGAUUAUAAUAGUGGGAUAAAAUUAUCUUAAUAAUUUUAAUUAAUGUGAGAGAGAGAGAGAGAGAGAGAGAGAGAGAGAGCAUAAAUUGCAUUAUGGUGGUGAAAGAGUAUGUAGUGCUUCUGUUUUCAAGUUUACUUGGCUACCUCUUAAUGUUGAUUGACGGUUGGGACUACGCCUAAUGAAGCGGGGUCACUAGUUUGAAUCUUC